AUGUUUAGGUUUGUUUGGGGUGUUAUUUUGUUUAUGCAUGUCGUAUGUAAGGAUUGGUCCGGCCUGAUGGCUGUCCGGUUCUUUUUAGGUAUGGCCAAAGGAGUAGUCACGCCAGCCUUCAUGCUAAUCAGCACAGGCUGGUAUGCACGUCAGGAUCAGCCACUCCGUAUGGGCUUCUGGUUCUCCUUCAAUGGCAUUGCGCAGAUUGUCGGCGGCCUACUUUCUUACGGGUUGGGUCAUAUCCAUGUAUUCGGUAACUUGCUCGUGGAAAACUUUGGAUACGGUACCCUCGAAACAACCCUGCUCGGAAUGCCCGCCGGUGCGCUUGAAUUUGUGCUUAUGAUGAUCAUCACAUUCGUUUGCAUGAAGUUCGCCAAUACUAGGUCAUAUUGUAUGACAAUUGCUCUUAUUCUAGCGCUUGUUGGAUCUGCCAUGGUAUACGCAGCGCCCUACCACAAUAAAGGUACUUUGUUGGCUGGCUAUUACUUGAUCUACGCCUUUCCGACUGGAUAUAUUCUCUUACUCUCUAUGGCAUCAGCAAAUAUUGCCGGACAUACGAAAAAGGUCACAGUUAACUCACUGCUUUUGAUCGGAUAUUGCGUUGGAAACAUCAUAGCGCCACAAUUCUUCAAAUCAGACCAGAAGCCUCGCUACGGUCUUGGAGUUGGAUCCUGCAUGGUCUCCUUUGCUGUUCUCAUUGUUAUGGUUAUUGCCCUGCGCAUUUACUUGGGAUGGCAGAACAAUAAACGGCGGUCUGGUGGCAUGGAUGAUCUGGUGACAGUUGGAAACCUUGAGUUUUUUGACUUGACAGACCAGGUCAAUCCUCGCUUUGUUUAUGUGUACUAA